AGAUUGCAGAGAUAUCGUUAGAAUAGCACUUCGACUCCUCGACCUCAUUGUCCUAACCGCACGCCACAACUCAUCCUUCACGAACUUGUAUCUAUAAUCUCCUCUCGUGCACACCAUGUCUAAACCAAGCCGUAAAAUUCUUAUGUUGCAUGGAUACACCCAAAGCGCAAGCAUCUUCAGCAAGCGGGUGGCAGCUAUGCGCAAGGCUUGUCCCAAAGACAUCGAUUUCGUGUUCGUGGAUGCACCGACGAUCCUGACACCCACCGAUAUCGCGGCGACGUUCGGCACUCCAGCAGAGGAAGACAAGUCGUCAUCGCUUGCAAGCUUGGGUGCUGCUGAGGCAUCAGCCGAUGCUGCGGAUCCAGCACUCCUUCCUCGAGCAUGGUGGAAGGCUACCCCUCAAGAAACGGAGUCGAAAGAGCUCACGGACUCCCUGGCGACGCUGAGGGACAUCCUGAAGGCCGAAACCUAUGAGGGUGUUCUUGGUUUCAGCCAAGGUGCUGCUAUGGCAGCGGUGCUGACGGCGCUCUUAGAGCGGCCAGAGCGCUAUCCUGAAUUCUUGGUUGACGGAAAGCCUCCUCACCCACCCUUCAAAUUCUGCGUAUCUGUAGCAGGUUUUCUCCCCCGCGGGGACUUGCCUGCGGCUAUCUUCGAGUCAGGAUACUCCACGCCGACUCUCCACGUCCUUGGCAAAAACGACAUUGUUGUGACCGAAGAACGCGCUCGCACUCUCCUGGAGCUCUCACUAGUGAAAAGGGUCGUGGAGCACGAUGGCGGUCACUUCGUGCCGUCGAAGGGUCCAUGGCGUAAAUUCUUCGCCGAGUACUUCAAGCAGCCAGAUCAACUUAAUCUGGUCCCGGCUCCCGGCGUUGGAGCACCUGCGUCCGGGACGGCGACGCCAGUCGAGUCUAGCAUUGUUGCUCCGGUGCCGACAGACGCCGCCGAGCGAUCUGAACCGGUGGCGCCGUAGUUUCUCUAGUUGAGCUGUCACUCGGCCGCUGUCCAUUCAAACACUGGCGUUCAGUACGCAUUCCCAGCAAUAGAGUUGAUAUUCCAGCGCCAUAGACUACAGCUGCUGGUCGCGGAUCGUUGUCGAGCGGGAAAACGUACAUUUCCAUGACCAAUUC